AUGGAAGUUGUCAAAAUUUGGUUAGCUCUGACAUGUUUAUUGCUCGUUUAUUCUGAAGCUGUUCCCUUUUGUGACAAGAAAGAACUUGUGGUUGGAGGCAAUGAAACUUCAUGGACGAUUCCACUUUCCAACAAUUCUUUCGAUGAAUGGGCAAACACAAUUGACGAGUUUGUACAGGGCGAUACUCUCAUUUUCAGGUACGAUGACAAGACUGAUUCAGUACUUGAAGUUAGCAAGGGGGACUAUGAAGCCUGUGAAACAUCGAGACCCAUAAAAGAAUACAGAGAUGGUAACACCACCAUUGAAUUAGAGCUCUCUGGACGUUUCUACUUCAUAAGUGGAGCUGCAGGGCAUUGUCAGAAAGGACAGAAACUAAGAGUACAUGUCAAUCCUGAUAGUAUUUGUUACGUCAGGACAAGAACCAUGGGCCUCUUCGAAGAUAUGCCAAUAGUACUUCCUUUUGGUUAGUUAAUAAACAAAAUCAGUAUGAAUAAAAUUGUUGAUUAAUAUGAAUAAAACAACCAUUAUUUUCUUGCACGAGUGAAUCAAGAGAACUAACUCAAGGGCAUUGGAUUUGAUUUUGUUAUGUUGCUUCACAUUGUACCUUGAAUAGGUUGCUCAAGUCUCAGAACUUUGAAGACUUCCUUGGCUUCUAUCUUGUUUUAAAUUCUGUCCUUAUAAAGGAUUUUCUCUUGGGUCCUCUUCAUAUGAACUUGCAGUUUUGAGACGUUCAUAUGGGUGUAAGUAUAUUAAUUUCUAACACGUGG